AUGCGGAUCGAGACCUGCUACUUUUGCUCAUCGCCUGUGUAUCCGGGCCAUGGCAUUACUUUUGUGCGUAACGACGCCAAGGAGUUUAAAUUCUGCCGGUCCAAGUGCCACAAGAACUUCAAAUUGAAGCGGAACCCGCGUAAACUUAAGUGGACUAAGGCAUUCCGCAAGGCUGCCGGCAAGGAAAUGGUGGUUGAUUCGACUCUGGCGUUCAACCAGCGCCGCCACAUCCCUGUUCGCUACAACCGCGAGCUUGUUCAGGAGACUAUGGACGCCAUGACCCGCAUCGAAGCCAUUCGCCAGCGGCGCGAGCGGGCAUUCUACAAGAACCGCAUGAAGGACAAUGCUGCCAGACAGCUCGAGCUUGAUCGCAAACUUGUCGAGGCAAACCCCGAGAUUCUGCGUCGCCGCGAGGUCGAGCUGCUCCGGGCUGCCCAAAAGGCCGAACAGGAAGAACAGGACAUUGAACUCGACGAGGAGGACAUGGAGAUCGACGAGUCGGUGUCUGAGGAAGAGAAGAUUCCCAUCUUGGUCAAGCGUAAACCUAAGCGUAAGAUUCGUGUUUAG